CUCUCUCUCCGUGACUGCGUUGCGUGAACCCGUCUCCUUUAUCGGAAGUAGAAUAAGAAACGAAGACGAGAAGAGAAAGAAAAUGGAAAAAUCGCGCUGUAUAUAAAAGGCUUUUGUUUCCUCAUCAUGUCCCCUGAUUUUACUCGCAGUGAGAGCAAGAGCCCAUUCAGUUGCUUUCUAUCUGCUUAGGGCAAAGGAAAAGGAAUCUAUUCUUCCUCUUUCCCUCUGAAUCAUCAACAAUCUAUUUUGCAGCUUCUUCGGAUUUCGCUCCGAUGACCUGCACAAUGGAUUUGCUUCGAUCUAAUCUGUCGCGUGUUCGGAUUCCGGAGCCUACCAAUCGCAUCUACAAGCAGGAAUGCUGCUUGUCCUUCGAUACUCCGAGAUCAGAAGGUGGUCUGUUCAUUGAUUUGAAUACAUUUCUAGCAUUUGGGAAGGAUUUUGUAGUUUGGAAUUAUGAAAGGACUGGAAACCCUGUAUAUUUGCACAUAAAGCAAACAAAGAAGUUGGUUCCUGAAGACCGGCCUUUGAAGAAACCUACGCUCUUAGCUAUAGGAGUUGAUGGUGGGUUUGAUAACAAUGAACCUGAAUAUGAUGAAACUUAUAGUGUAGUGAUACUGCCUAAUUAUGAAACUCUUCCAUUUCCUUCCGUGGAGCUGCCAGAGAAGGUAAGGUUGGCAGUUGAUGCUGUUUUAUUGGCUGAGGGUGCUGAGAGAAAAGAGCAACUUGCAUCAUGGACAACUGAUAAGCUGAAAAUUAGUUCGUAUGCAAUGAAUUUGCAGCAGAUUGACAAUGGUGUGAUAGUUCCUCCUUCUGGAUGGAAGUGUUCAAAAUGUGAUAAAACUGAGAAUCUGUGGCUCAACUUAACUGAUGGAAUGAUCCUUUGUGGGAGAAAAAAUUGGGAUGGAACAGGAGGUAACAACCAUGCUGUUGAGCACUACAAAGAUACAGGCUAUCCUCUUGCUGUUAAGCUAGGGACAAUCACGGCUGACCUUGAAGCAGCAGAUGUGUACUCUUAUCCAGAGGAUGAUAGUGUCUUGGACCCAAUGCUAGGACAACACCUUGCUUUCUUUGGCAUUGACUUUUCAUCCUUACAGAAGACUGAAAUGACCACUGCUGAAAGAGAGCUUGACCAAAACACUAAUUUUGAUUGGAAUCGGAUACAAGAAAGUGGACAGGAAGUUGAGCCAGUUUUUGGACCAGGUUACACAGGGCUGGUUAAUUUGGGAAACAGCUGCUACUUGGCAGCGACAAUGCAAGUUGUUCUUUCAACGCAUUCAUUCUGUGAAAGAUACUACACCAAGCAAAGUUUAAAGUCGGCUUUUGAAACUGCACCUGCAGAUCCGACUGUUGACUUUAACAUGCAACUAACAAAGCUGGCACAUGGUUUGCUAUCGGGAAAAUAUUCCAUUCCUUCACUAGAAAAAUGUGAAAGGAUGAAUUCUUCUUCCUCAGCAAUAAAUGCAAAACAGGAAGGCAUACCCCCUCGGAUGUUCAAAACAGUUAUUGCCGCUAAUCAUCCAGAAUUUUCUACGAUGAGACAGCAGGAUGCCUUGGAAUUCUUCCUGCAUUUUCUUGACCAAGUUGAGCAACAGAAUUCUGGGAGUUCUGGAAACAAUCCUGCAAGAAGUUUCAAAUUUGGUAUUGAGGAUCGUAUUGUGUGUUCCUCUGGAAAAGUUGCUUAUAAUAGACGGCAUGAUUACAUUCUCUCAUUGAACAUCCCAUUACACGAAGCUACUAAUAAAGAUGAAAUUGAAGCCUUCCAGAAGCUCAAGGCUCAAAAGAUCUUAGAAGGGAAGGAACUAGGCACUGAUGAAAUUGUGCGGCCUAGAGUACCUCUAGAGGCAUGCCUUGCAAGCUUUUCAUCUCCGGAGGAGAUUCAUGAUUUUUACAGCACUGCCUUGCAAGCUAAGACAACAGCAACAAAGACUGCAAGAUUAACUUCCUUCCCAGACUACCUGGUCUUGCAUAUGCGCAAAUUUAUUAUGGGGGACGGUUGGGUGCCCAAAAAACUUGAUGUCUAUGUCGAUGUCCCUGAUAUCAUUGAUCUUAGUCAAAUGCGUAGUAAAGGACCAAGGGCUGGGGAAGAGCUUUUGCCUGAGGCUGGUCCUGAGGAUGAGUUUCAGUCAAAUAAACCUUCAGCGAACGAGGAUAUUGUUUCUCAACUUGUGUCAAUGGGAUUUAACUAUCUUCACUGUCAGAAAGCUGCCAUUAAUACCUCAAACGCUGGAGUUGAAGAGGCUAUGAAUUGGUUACUUUCUCACAUGGAUGAUCCAGAUAUAAAUGAUCCGAUCUCCCAGAAGGCAGAUUUUGUUGUUGAUCAAACUAAAGUUGACAUGUUGCUUCAAUUUGGAUUUCAAGAAGCAAUUGCUAGAAAAGCGUUAAAGGCAUCUGGUGGCGACAUUGAGAAAGCGACAGAUUGGAUAUUUAACAAUCCUGAAGCUUCUAUAUCAUCUGAGCCAGACUGUUUAGACGCCACUACAUCAAGCACACCAACCAACCUCGAUGCUGCUCUACCCGAUGGUGGAGAGAGAUAUAGACUGAUGGGAAUAAUAAGCCACAUUGGGACGUCUACUCAAUGUGGUCACUAUGUUGCUCACAUCUUUAAAGAUGGUAGAUGGGUUAUUUUCAAUGACGACAAGGUUGGGGUUUCGGUGAACCCACCCAAGGACAUGGGAUAUUUAUAUUUCUUUGAGAGACUCAAAGAGUAAUCGUAGACCAAUUUCGUCUCAGUUGAGAAUUCACCCAAAUAUGGUAAGAGCUGAGCCAGGGAGAAAAGGGAAAUCAUUCAGAUUUCAUCAGCUUUGCUGCGACACUCGUUCGGAUCUAUGUGUAUGCCUAUGUUUCUGAUGGAAAAUUUGUGAAAAAUGGUGGCUUGUUGGGACUCCUUUCAUUGCUGUAAUUGAUGUUGUUCAAUGUGGGCCGCCUGCCCUUUUCUCCCACAUAAAAUUCAUUCACUGUUGUUUCCAUGGUUUCUUUUAUCCUUUUGUUUUCCAAAUUUGUGGAAAAGAACCAAAAAGAAGAUUAAUUAGAACAAAAAAUCACACACUGACUCCACAGUGUCACUUCUUUGUGGUAUU